AUGCGGAACGGACGGAGGCUCGGGCCUGUGCUAUUGCUGCUUUUAUCAAUAUGCGCGUUCAGUGCCAACUUGGUGCAUGGAGCCGGUUCUUCUGCUUCGCUCUCACAACUUCAAACACUAAAGCGCUCAUCGCACUCUCAGGUUCUUUCCUUGUCCAUCGGAGAAUUUGAAAAGUAUGUCGAGCGUGCGCCGAGAGAGUAUACAUUAAUCGUUAUGUUCACCGCCGAUGCAUCUAUGUGCAAGCCUUGCGCUCCAAUGCUUCUGGCAAUCGAGAAAAUAGCGAAGGAAUAUGAGGAACUUCCUGAUAGGAAGAAAUCGCGUAUGCCAGUUUUUUUCGCGUCGUUGAAAGUGUCGCCGAAUGACCAAGCCUUUCUUGCCAAGUACAGCAUGCAGCAUGUUCCCAUUCUCUACGCUUUCCGCGCAGGAAACACUCGCAACUUUCCCUCGCCGUUGAACGAUAAUUCACCUGAUAACUAUCAGAUUCAGCAGUUUGGUAUCCUCCCAAAUCAGAUGAAGAACUUUGUGAAUGCCCGAACAUCAUCAAGUCUGUCAGUUGUUCGCAGCGGCCAGAUACCAUUUGUUCCAUAUGUACGUGCUGUUAUGCCGAUAAUUCUGGUUUUCGUCGGGUUUGCAGUGUUUGUCGGUGUCGCUUCCGGAGCAUACAAGCGACCCAUGGUCUGGUUUGGGCUUGUCAUGCUAGUGUACAUUUUCUCUGUUGGUGGAGGAUUCUUUUCAUGGAUACAUAAUCAACCGCUUGCAGUCGUCGACAGUAAUGGAAUCACGCAGUAUUUCGCUGAAGGAUCGCGCUCGCAAUAUGUUGGCGAGGGCUUUUUUGUUUCUGUUACAUGUGUGAGUAUCUCCGUACUUGUGAUCUUGAUUCAGGAGCUUCCUUGGGUUCUCCCUUACAAGUCAGGACAGAGCGCUAUUGGACUGAGUAUGAUAAUGAUGACGUUCGUCGCAAUCGUUGCACUGCUCUCACUGUAUCAAAUUAAAAUGCCUCAAUACUUGCGCUACAGUGAAAUGUAA